UAGCUGGGUCUCGGUGGAGGCUGGAGGCAGCCUUGUUUCAGUGAAGGCUGGAGACAGACCCUAGAAGAUCCUUGGUUGCAUGGAACAUUCGUCGUUUCUGGUUCCUGUGGACAUCACAUUGACCUUCUCUUCUCAUCUUUGUGGAUAGUUCUCCAUACAUUUUUUGGGGGUGGGGGGCUGAAUUUUGUUUCUUUUUUACAUUGAGGUCCUAGUUAAGAGGAACACAUCUUUAGGACUUUGCCAACCAUGUUUCAGCCAGCAGGUAAACGUUGCUUUACAAUUGAAUCUUUGGUGGCCAAGGACAAUCACCUGUCUUCAGAAGAACCACUGAGACCACCAACCCUGAGCUACCCCAGCUCCACUGCAGAAGCCUUUGUCGGUGGGUUCCCCAGCCCUGCUGGAAGGUCUCUCUACAACAACCCUGAGCUGGUCUUUCCAGAAGCGGUCAACCACCCAUCACUGACUGUCCACCCUCACCAGCUGGGGGCCUCUCAUCUCCAGCACCCACACUCAUUCUUUGGACCCCAGCACAGGGACCCCCUCAACUUCUACCCAUGGGUUCUCAGAAACAGGUUCUUCGGCCACAGAUUUCAAGGCAGCGACGUGUCCCAAGAAAGCUUGUUACUCCACGGCCCCUUUGCCAGGAAGCCCAAGAGGAUCCGGACGGCGUUCUCCCCGUCCCAGCUCCUGAGGUUGGAGAGAGCGUUUGAGAAAAACCAUUACGUGGUCGGAGCAGAAAGGAAGCAGCUGGCCAGCAGCCUCAGCCUGUCGGAAACGCAGGUUAAGGUCUGGUUCCAGAACAGGAGAACAAAAUACAAGAGGCAGAAGCUGGAGGAGGAAGGACCAGACUGCGAGCAAAAGAAAAAGGGUUCUCAUCACAUUAACCGAUGGCGAAUGGCCACCAAGCAACCCAACGGAGAAGACAUUGACGUCACAUCCAAUGACUAGGAACGUGGUCUACAAAAACUACUAGAGUAGGCUUCAGACUAUAAAACGCUCGUGGACUUCACUGGAGGGUGAAACACAAACGGAAAUUCUGAUCAAGCUCGUCAAAACAUUGAGAACCUUUCAGACUUGUAGGCCAGAUGAUAACAGGAGAAAGCGGCAGAAAGAGGACACCCCGCACUUCUUACAGAGUCGGAGGAGGACAGGAGGUCUGGCCCUGGCUGGUUAUGCAGACUGAUCAGACAUUAAUCAGUCGCACGAUGACCAUCGGCUAAAAACGGUUACAAAACGUUCUCUUUCUAUCUUUUUAACCUCUUUUUUUUUUUUCUUCCUCUAAUUUUUUAAUUUAUUUUCUUUUCCCGAUUAAAAAAAAAAGUAAACAGUAGCUAAUACCAAUUUAGUGUGUAAAUGUGUGUUAAUAAAAAUAAUAUUGAAAGAUAA